GACGCGCAGCUCUGCACGACACACACCAGGAGCCCUGCUGGAGAGAGGUUUAGUGCCAUGUCAGACUAAUCUCUUUGGAGCAGUUCUGCCCAACAACCCCACUGAAACGCAUCUCCACCAUGGGGGACAGGCUGGGCCGCCCGACCCCUCUGUUAUCCCGUGGACGUACGUUCGGAUGGUCCACCUCCAGCAACAGCAUCAAACUAAAGAACUGCGGCCACAACGGCCACGACUUCCAGCACAGCCUGGAGGAGGCAGCAGUGCCCAGCGCUUCCCUCGCCGCGGCACACUCUCCUGUUUCACUGGAACUGGAGCCCGUGGUGAAUAAUGGAUCAAGCGCGCCCGUCGCUCCAGGUGGCCACACAAAGGAUCCACCAGCGCACAGCGAGCGCUGCAAGCCCCUCUCCAUCUCCACCGUCCCGCUUCCCUCCGCCGCCCGCUUCCCGCACAGCCCUUACCACGCCAAGACUAGCAUGCAGGGCGAUGUGUACAACUUCCUAGAGAGACCCGCCGGCCUGAGGUGCUUCCUGUAUCACUUCCUCGUGUUCCUCAUGGUGCUAGUCUGCCUGAUAUUCAGCGUCCUGUCCACCAUCGAGCAGUAUGCAGACUUCGCAACAGGAUCUCUCUUCUGGAUGGAGAUCGUGCUGGUGGUGUUUUUUGGGACAGAGUACGUGGUCCGGCUGUGGUCGGCCGGCUGUCGGAGCAAAUAUGUGGGUAUUAAAGGCCGUCUGAGGUUCAUCAGGAAACCCAUCUCCAUUAUAGAUCUGAUAGUGGUCGUCGCCUCUGUCGUGGUUCUGAGCGUUGGGUCUAAUGGGCAAGUGUUCGCCACGUCCGCAAUCAGAGGGAUCCGUUUCCUCCAGAUCUUGCGAAUGCUGCAUGUGGAUCGUCAGGGUGGAACGUGGAGGCUUCUGGGAUCAGUGGUUUUUAUUCAUCGGCAGGUGCGCUUGAUUUACGCCGGCAUUCUGGGAUCUGGUUUUGCUCUUAAAGUCCAGCAGAAACAGAGGCAGAAACAUUUUAACCGGCAGAUUCCAGCCGCAGCCUCUCUAAUACAGACGCUGUGGAGAUGCUACGCCUGCGAGAAGUCCGACGGCUGUACGGCCACGUGGAAGAUGUACGUGCUGACGGGUGACUACAUCCCCAUCAUAAACUCGGAAAACUCCAGCCCGGGCAACUUCAGACGGCUGAGUAAGCGGUACAAACGGAAGCCAAAGGUCACAUGUGAUAACGGUUCUCUGGGUCCCGGAGGAGGACGAGCCAUCUCCAUCCCACAAAUCACCUACGACCACAUCGAUGAUAAAGACAAAGUCUUUUCUGAGGAGUCCACUGACCGCCAGCGCUCGUGGUCGGCUUUCGCGCUCAGCUGUCCUUCUUCUCCAGUUAAGAAAAAACUGGAUGGCCCUGAUAUCUCGCGCAACAACAGCCUGGUGGAUGAGCUGGACUUCACGGCCGAAGACAUCCCUCUUCCUGUGGUUACAGAUGCUUCACAUCUGUUGAGAAGCCCGUUUGUGGCAAAGGAGGAAGAAUCAGUCUCUACUCAGCACCUGAAUACAACCAGACUUUCCCACGCACACAGAUCUGCCAUCAAGGUCAUCAGAAGGAUGCAGUACUUUGUGGCUCGACGGAAAUUUCAGCAAGCGAGGAAACCGUACGACGUGCGGGACGUGAUCGAGCAGUAUUCGCAGGGCCACCUGAACAUGAUGGUCCGCAUCAAAGAGCUCCAGAGAAGGUUGGAUCACACGUUGGGAAAACCAGGAAUGUUCCUGCCAGAGAAAGGUGUGGAUAAGGAACAUUAUACAGUGGGAGCCCGGCUCAUCCGACUGGAAGAUAAGGGUCAUGAUGAAAUCGUAAAGCGUGAUAUGAGUUUGUACUUGUUUGGUAAAGCUGUAAGUGUGGAGAUAUGCGAUCUCAAGCGCCUCUCUGAUGUUUUGACUGCACAGGAAGCAAAACGAGAGCGAUAG